GCCAGAUCAUGGCAACAGGACCGGGUAGUAGCGGACAAGUCUCGCCGCAACCCACCAUUCAUCGAGUCUUUGGCAUGAUGAAGGCCUACCUGAAUGAGUUUGAGAGACACUCACUCAACGGGUUCAAAACUCUACGAGAGCAGUACCAAGAGAAGGAUGACGAGAUGAGUCGCGAAAUUUCUAAGGCAAUGGAUUCAUAUGACAAGAAUUCCAGCUCAGCUGGGAGAAAGCAUGUCGAAGAAAAGUUGCAGUCUCUACUGUCACACCGGGCAAGUUUUCGGGCUGAGCAUAACCAGGGUGAGGAAGAGGAGGCGUGCGAGAAACGACAACUGGAACUGUUGAGGCCGCUGCAAAUUGCGCUUUUCCAUUCUUUCCCCAUUGGCAGUUGGGAUGGGAUAAUAUUACACGGACCACCAAAGGUCUUGAAAGACACGGACCGUAAGGAGCAGCACCCCGAUGAAGUGAUUCAACACACCGUUGAAGAGACAGAAGGCGAGUUUGGAACAGUUGAUGGUGCUGCCAUGGAUGGAAGUGCAUCCCCUGAGGGCGUUAAUGGAGGGAGUCACAAUGGAGAACCUUGUGAUGAGGUGCUGGAUCAACCUGCCAACAACGAAGUGGCACAGCCGAAUGAGGUCCGACCUGAUGUUAUCUCCAGCAAUGAAUCUGAUGCAGACCCUAGUCAUCAAUAUUCAAGGCAGCCCGAGGACAGCGGAAGGGGCUCUCAUGACUUAGACUCUGAGUUUGAACCUGAUAUCGAAGAAGAUUCAGAAGAGGGCGACGAUGGAUCCGCAUUGGGUGUAAGGAUAGACGAAGACGUUGCUGUCUCAGGGAGCAAACGAAAGCUCCCCUAUGCGAGCCGUUCUCAGCCGCAGAAGAAGCCUUGCCAGCGGGAAAGGUCCCCUACCAAGUGCCGAAGCAAGGAGAGAACUAUCCGCUUCAAAGAGGUGUAUGAAAAUACUCGAGCUGGCCGCAAAGAGAUAAUUGUACAGUUUCCUGCAAAUGACGGUCGUUGGUACAUAAUCCGAUGUGAGGAACACGGAAUCGAAUUUGGAGGUAGCAACCCGCUCAUGGAUGCCGCAUUUCAUUUGGGCAGCCUCAAGCACGAUAAAUACUCAAAGGCCUAUAAGGAUGUUAUCGAGAAGAUGGGUAUACGAGUGAAGUACUGUACGAAGAGUCGUGCAGAGCAGAACAAUAACGCCAUUACAAACAAAGUAGUUCAGAAGAACUCGUCAACCUCGAUGGAUCAGACCACAGCUAGCAGUCAGAAUACCGAAGAUACCCUCUGCGACGACAUAGAGCCUGUAAUGUCAGACUGCGACAAUGAUAAUGAAGGCAACGAAAACCCAUACAUACGUCGUCAACCUGGUGAAAUAUGCCUCGUCUAUCAUUGUGGAGAGUAUAUUCCAGUUCUCGUCCUUCCUUUAGAGGAUAUGUUUGAAAUUGGAAUCAACGGCGACCUUGAGACACUGAACCUGGUCCAGUCUAUGCCAGACUGCUGCGUCUACAAGCUAGGCACAGGCAGAUACGGGUGGAAAGAUAAAUAUGAGGAUGGUGGCCGGUUCGAAUCGUUUCGCGCUCACCCUGGCCUAUGCUUGACUCACAACACCCUGGAGAUGUGUGAUUCAUUAUGGGUAAAAGGCACAAAUUUAGGAGAAUUUGAUUUGAGAGACCCCGCCAUCGUAAAUCAGGAGUACUACCAGCCGCUAUUGCGCCUCAUACUGCAGUUAGAUGCCAACAGGGCAGCCAACAAGGCGAGAGUUAUCACAGGUCCAGGCAACCAUCAUCCCAGCAGCUCUGGACAUGUUGCAGAUGGGGCCGAUGGCGAAAGCUGCGCGAACCCGAGAGAUCAUGGCGCAAGAAUUCAACCUGAUAACGUAUCAAAGCAGGGGCAUGAUGGCAAAGACGGCCCAGAGGAUGGUCGCCGUAGCCACACAGAUCGACAAGAGAACCGAGAGGACGAUACCAUGAUUUCGGAUGGCGAAAAUGUCCAAAACGAUGACCCUCCGGGAUCCACCGGCAUGAGUUCGCCUAGCCUCCAGCAAGACGGGAAUUAUGAUAAUCAAAGAAUCGUCCAC